CAAUCAAAUUCGCUGCGUCUGUAUGCGUGUCUCCAGCUAGGCCAGAAAGUGAUGGCGGCGCCUGUCUUGAGAGUAUCCACCCCUCGGUGGGAAAGAAUAGCUAGGCUUCUUGUUUGCCUUUUGGGCAUAUUGUUGUCUCUAUAUGCUUUCCACGUCGAGAGGGAAAGGGCUCGGAAUUCGGAUUAUACGGCUUUGUGCGAUGUCAGUAGCUCCAUCAGCUGUUCAAAAGUGUUCAGCUCAAGGUGGGGUCGAGGAUUUGGUCUCCUGGGCUCAAUUUUUGGAAAUGACAGUGCACUGAACCAACCCAACAGUGUCUAUGGGGUUGUCUUUUAUGCCUUUCAGCUCUUGCUAGGAAUGACUGUCAGUGCAAUGGCUGCCCUUAUUCUCAUGACGACAUCCAUCUUGUCAGUGGUGGGUUCACUGUACCUGGGCUACAUCCUCUAUUUUGUCCUAAAGGACUUCUGCUUCAUCUGCAUUACCACAUAUGCCCUGAACUUCAUUCUCUUUAUUCUCAACUACAAGCGGCUGGUUUACUUGAAUGAGGCCUGGAAGCAGCAGCUCCAGGCCAAGCAGGACUAAGCUGUCGAGAACGGCAAGAAAAUUCAACAACAACAAAACAAGAGAGAUGUGACCUCUGAACAUUUGACUUGCCACCAGGAGACCUUGCUUCCAAAACAAUGUUUAUUCUGCUGUGUGUUCAAAAAAAUGAAGAAAUUAAAUGUUGGGUCUGACUUCUCAAUGUUGAUUGCAAACAUAGAAGGAUUUGUAACUGAAAGAUGUUCUUUUAAUUUCUUUUUUUUUUCCUUGUUUAACAUUCUGCUCACUUAAGGAAGAGGCUGUGUGUGGAUGCAUAUUUGUGUGUGUGUCAGGAAAUGCAACAACCUGAGCAAGUAGUGGCAGAAGGCCUGAAUGAUGGAGGACAGCUCUCUUUAGGAUAAAAAGGAUCCAGAAUGGAGGAAAACGCAGGACAUGAAAGGGUUUUACGUGGCAUGGUUCAAAAGGUCAUAUUACUGUACAGCAGACACCUGCACUAGUACUUGGAACCAAAUAAUGGCUUCCAAAAUUAGAAAAAUGUUCAUUAGGUUAUACAGUUUGCAGAUGAGGUUCUAUGACAGGUGGGGGUAAAACACCAUUUAUACAUAAUUUCUUUUAAUGUUUACACUUUGUAGUAAUUUUGUUUUUGAAGAGGACCACUAAAAAUAAACACAGGACAGUGCGAGUGUGUGUGUGUGUGUGUGUUUGUAGAUCAGAUUGUUUCACAAUUCUGUAAAUAGCUGCUGAGCAAUAUUCCAAGCCAGGUUGUGAUGUAGUGUAGACACAAACCUUUAAGUUAAAACAGAAAGACAGGAGAAAACAGUAAAUCUGGAACAAAACGUGAUGAGGGUCACAGUUUGGGGGACGAGUCAGAGUUGUUCGGUGCAUCUUCUGUCCUGUCAUCCUGGUCAGGUGCAGUUCAGUCGUGGAUUUCUUUGUUGUAAGUGGUUACUGUUUUAUCUGAAGCCACUGGCACAAGUCUUUUAAACACAACUUGAGGUUCUUUUCUAGGUUUACAUCAGCCCCCUCCCCGUGUUGUGUGAAAAGCAUUCCUGACCACCGCACAAGUGGGUUCCAUAAAGACAUAUGUGCCUAAGGGAGUGUUAAGGUGAAUGACCUUUUGGGCAUGGGAUUGGGGUAAUGUCUUUUUAAUACCAAUUUUCCCUCAUUGUUUCAUUGUCACAGGUCCAAGGCUUUAUUCUUAUGAUCACACUUAUGUAAAUUUAAGAUACCAGUGAAGUGUUUUCCCCCUUCCUUAUAGUCUCACGCGGUAGCAAAGGCUGCUACACUGUGAUUGUCCGCUCAAGAGUAGGAUGGCCAGCAUCUCUAAUCUUUGUGUCAGUUGUGUUAAUGUUCAUCUGGCUUUUCUUUACUGUUCGACCAGUCUACAUUUGAUGUCAGCUGAGCAAUACUGGUGAUCUUGCCAAACUGAGCUUAGUUGAUGUGAGUGGUUGCAGUGUAACAAGCUGUAAGGAAACAAAACGGUAUGUUGAGCAACAGGUGGAGUUUGUGGGAUGUUUGCUCCAGUAGGAAAGAUAUCCAGGUGGGUGGUUUUCUGUCACAUGGAAGCAUUUUGUUAAGUUAAUCUAACAUAGCAAGGUUUGUACAGUGUGAUAGAACAGAGGGACAUGCAAGCAUGGCUUGUGUUGGUUUUGCUAGAAAUCCACAGUAUUGUCAGUUCAGUACCAGAGUAGGACCGCUGUCCGUUUUCCACCCAGAAUCCACUGGUUAAAGUAACCUACUUGGCAGAUGCAUGGUACACUAGCUCUUGGCUUUAAGUACAUAUAUGUGGGCCAUCGGACAAUCUUACACACAUUGUCAAAGAUCUGUAUCUGUUAUAGUGAUACCUGUAAUAAUGUGAUUCUACUGUGGUGUUAAACCAGCUUCUUUCCAUGACUGCUAGUCUCCAUGCCCCUUCAUAUUUUAAUAGAAAACAAGUUCUCCUAGACUUUUACUUUAUGGGUUGAGGGUUGUUAAAGCAGUGAGGUAGUAACUGAUAGGAAAGGAAGUUCAGUGAUGUGCUUCCUGGGACAACAUAUGAAGUCAUCAGUUGUAAAUGAAAAAAGAAACGGGGGUGAUACUUUUGUUU